AAGGCCAAAAACAAAAUAACAGUAAUUGAGAAGGAAAAUCAUUCAACGGAAAAACGUGGCACUUUAUCCAUAUCUCUCUAAAUAUUAGAUCAGAAAAUUACCAAACCGCCCUCAGGCAUAAGCUGACAUGUCGGGGGUUAAUGGUGUCCACGUCAUGAAACCCGCCAUCAAGGACAGUUAGGUGAACGUCAAAGAAUCAAAUCCCAGUUCUCACCAACGAACUUACGAACAAAAGAAAAAAAAAAAAAAAGAAAAGAAAAAGUCCCAAAAUCAAAAUUAAUCCAUCUCUUCAAGCGAAAGCCAAAUUUCAAUUCUUAACACAAACAUCGCAUUCAAUAAGAAGUUCUUUUUGUUUUGAAAUAAACAGUUUGAUUACUUUUAUAUCUUUAUAUCAGACUCUUUCAGUAUCCCAAGUUUCUACCUUUUUUUCUUUAAUUAUUAAUGGCAUUGUUUCGAAAAUUGUUCUACAGGAAACCACCUGAUGGUUUGCUCGAGAUCUGUGAGCGUGUAUACGUGUUUGAUCACUGCUUUACCACCGAUGCUUGGCAAGAAGAGAAUUAUAAGAAAUAUAUGAGUGGAAUAGUUGGUCAACUUAAACAACAUUUUCCUGAUGCUUCAUUCUUGGCGUUUAACUUCCGCGAGGGUGAGACACCAAGCCAGCUUGCUCAUCUCCUGUCCGAAUUUGAUAUGACCAUUAUGGAAUACCCUCGGCAAUAUGAAGGUUGCCCGUUGCUUAAAAUGGAGGUGAUUCAUCAUUUCUUAAGAUCAGGCGAAAGUUGGCUUUCGCUUGGGCAACAUAAUCUUCUCCUUAUGCAUUGUGAAAGAGGCGGUUGGCCUGUUCUUGCUUUUGUGCUGGCGUCAUUACUUAUUUAUACGAAGCAGUAUAGUGGAGAGCAGAAGACUCUCGACAUGAUAUAUAGACAGGCUCCUCGUGAGCUUGUGCACUUUCUGUCACCAUUGAAUCCUGUCCCUUCUCAAUUGAGGUAUUUACAAUAUGUUUCAAGGAGGAACGUGGCUUCAGAAUGGCCUCCACUGGAUAGAACUCUUAAAUUGGAUUGUGUUAUUUUGAGAUUUAUUCCUAAUUUUGAUGGAUACGGGGGUUGCCGUCCGGUGUUCCGAAUUUAUGGGCAUGCUCCUUCAGAUGAAUCGGACAACGUUGUUUGCUUAACUCCUAAGAAAGGAAGAAUUAUCCGGGCUUAUAAGCAGACAGAAUGUGAGCUAGUUAAGAUUGACAUCAAUUGCCGUAUCCAAGGGGACGUUGUGCUUGAGUGUAUCAGCUUAAAUGAUGACAUGGAACGUGAACUGAUGAUGUUUCGAGCUGUGUUUAACACAGCUUUCAUUAGAUCAAAUAUUUUGAUACUUAAUCGUGAUGAAAUUGAUAUAUUGUGGGAUGCUAAGAAUCAAUUUCCAAAGGACUUCAGAGCAGAGAUUCUUUUCUCAGAGAUGGAUGCUGCUGAUUCCGUUGUUGCAGUAGAUUUCCCUGGCUUAGAGGAAAAGGAAGGUCUACUAGAGGAAGCAUUUGUUAAAGUUCAUGAGAUAUUUAACUCUGAUGACUGGUCAGGUUCUCAAGCAGAUUCUGCAAUUAAUGUGCUUCAACAUAUUGGCGCAUCUAACAUUGUCCAAGAAAAGUUUGACAUUGAUUUGCAACAGGGUCAACUUAGCCCUCUAAGCCCUCGAAAGCUUGAGACAAGUCCUAGAAAGCGUCAAGAGAGAAAUAAGCACAUGGUUGUGGACAGUGGAUUAAAGAGUUUCACAUUGUCAGCACAAAAGAUUGAGUCUGUUCCCUCUCCAAAAUCAUCUCCAGGUGCUGAUGUAGUUGAGGUGACUAAACACAAAGACAUACGAGUCGACCUUCAACUUCCCAUUCAGUCUGAUCUCAUGUGCAAACAACCACCUCAGUUACCCUUAGAUUCUGCCAUUAAACCUCUAAUAUACAGUGAUGCCUCAUCUGGAAAUGCUGACAUCAUUGAUAAGAUAGUAUCGACAGCUGCCUCAAAUCAAAACUUGUUAGUUCCAUCAGGAACUGAACCUUUAGAAUCCUCAACUGUUUGUUUUUCACCAUCAACGCCACCACUGAAACCUGUCAUGGAUUCUAGUGCCUCAAAAUCUUUUCCACCUUCAUCACCACCUCCUCACCGUCUCUUAACUCUAAAACCAGUAGAUCCUUCACCUACCAAAGAGACUGAAACUUUAGGGGAUAAAUGUCAGAUGUCAUCAGACAGCAAGCAACCUGCUCCUGAUAACCAGUCAACCUUGCCUCUGCUUCCCACUCCUCCUGUAGUAAUAUCAACACCUCCUCCAGUGCCACCUUUGAGGGAGAACAGCCCCAUUAAACCUGGACCUCCCACUCCACCACCUCCUCCAACUCCACCUCUGAAGGAGAACACUGCUGUUAGAGCUCGACCCCCUCCGCCCCCUCCUCCUCCACUUCAUUCAGGGCAGGCAGCUACUCCAACAGUUUCAUCUACGAUGCCGCCGCCGCCGCCACCUCCGUCCACUUUGUUUUCCAAUUCCUCUCAUGCUCCUUCUGCACCCCCUCCUCCCCUUCCUUUUGGUAAAGGUCUUUCAAAGAUGGGAAGUAAUGGAGAUUAUAAUUUGUCUCAAUCUCCAUCCCCUGCACCACCCACUCCUGCACCGCCACUCAGUUCCUCCAGCAUCAAGGGACGCUUAUCUCGUACCAUAAGUUCAAGGAGCCAACAAACCAAAAAGCUGAAGCCAUUGCAUUGGUUAAAGUUAACAAGAGCUGUCCAAGGAAGCUUAUGGGCAGAGGCGCAGAAAAGUGAAGAAGCCUCCAAGGCUCCAGAGAUUGACAUGUCAGAGCUUGAGAAUCUGUUUUCAGCAUCAAUAUCAAAUGCAGAUAAUAAAAAGAAGUCUAUUGUGCGUGGUUUGCCAGGACCUAAAAUUGAUAAAGUGCAAUUGAUUGAACACAGACGAGCUUAUAAUUGUGAAAUCAUGCUUUCUAAGGUGAAAGUGCCAUUAAAUGAAUUAAUGAGUUCAGUGCUUGCGCUUGAGGAUACAGCAUUAGAUGUAGAUCAACUUGAGAACCUCAUCAAGUUCUGUCCAACAAAAGAGGAGAUGGAACUACUUAAGGGCUACAUUGGAGAAAAGGAAAAGCUAGGAAAAUGUGAACAGUUUUUCUUAGAGUUAAUGCAAGUACCAAGAGUAGAAUCUAAGCUCAGAGUCUUCUCAUUUAAGAUGCAGUUUCAUUCUCAGGUUUCUGAUCUUAGAAAAAGCCUGAAUGUGGUGAACUCCACAGCAGAAGAGAUUAGGAAUUCUGCGAAAUUGAAAAAAGUCAUGCAGACAAUUCUGUCUCUAGGAAAUGCUCUGAACCAGGGAACUGCCAGGGGCUCUGCUAUUGGAUUUAGGUUGGAUAGUCUUCUUAAGUUAACUGACACACGGGCAAGGAACAACAAGAUAACUCUCAUGCAUUAUCUUUGUAAGGUGCUGGCGGACAAGCUACCAGAACUUCUAGAUUUUUCAAAAGACCUUGCCAGUUUGGAAUCUGCAUCAAAGAUACAAUUAAAAUUUUUGGCAGAGGAAAUGCAAGCCAUAAGCAAGGGAUUGGAAAAAAUUGUACAGGAACUAUCCACAUCUGAAAGUGAUGGUCCAAUAUCAGACAAUUUUCGUAAGAUUCUGAAGGAGUUCCUUCGUUUUGCUGAAGCUGAAGUGAGGUCUUUGGCUUCUUUGUACUCUGGAGUGGGUAGAAAUGUGGAUGCUUUAAUUCUUUACUUUGGAGAAGAUCCAGCACGCUGUCCCUUUGAACAAGUUGUUUCAACUCUGCUCAAUUUUGUGAAAUUGUUCAACAAAGCGCAUGAGGAGAAUUGCAAGCAGCUUGAGAUAGAAAUGAAGAAAGCGGCAGAAAGUGAAAAAUCAAAAACAGGUGUAUCAGAGGAGUCUGAAAACUUGUCGCGUAAACCAGUUGAAAGUGGGAGUACCAAGUGAUUUGGACACUUAAACAUCAUUUCCCCUUCAAUAGGAAGAACUGCGGCAUGGCAUAGUCAUCAAGUAAGAAAUGGAGGAUAAAAAGAAAUUGAUGUUGUUAGAGGGAACAUGCAUUUAGCUUGUAGAUUAAUCCCGAACUGUAAAUUUUCAGUUACUCAAAGGUUGUUCCUUCUGAAAGGAUCGGUGCGAGUCUGCGUUAUUUUUUUGGGUACGCAACUAGUAUCACUUCCAAUUAAUAAUUAUGUUGCGGUAAUUAGUGAGGGUUUCAGGGAUUCGCUUCUCCUUUUCAUUUUUGUUGCUUUCACCUUUGAUUUUCUCAUCUUAAUUGAAGUAUCUUUUUGUUGAAUGCUCGCGCAUCAACAUUUACAGGUUUGUUUCAAUUGUAUAUGUCUCUUUACAUAGAAAUCUAGGCUUGCAUGUGGCUGCGGUAUUUUCUCUGCAGGUGCAACUUACAGUUAGCUAUAGAAGAAUGACUCGGGAACCUUUUUUUUCUUUUUCCUGCUUUACAUUAAAAAUGAAAAGAACAUGUUAGCUAUUUCA